GCAAACGCAUUACCUUAUUCACGAUUUUGUCUGGAUCGAUCAGAACCCCAGAUCUAGUAAAGUGUGAUAGUGGUGACGUUGGCAGGGAAUUCGCUUACAUUUCCGUUAUUUCUAAACUGGUCAAAACAACAGGGAAUUACAUUAUAGUUAUUGUACCGUUAUUUGUACUAUUCCUCUGUUUGAACUGUUUGUCAUGAACGACAGUAAUAAAACUAAUGAAGACACUACGGUCAAUAAUAACAGAUAAUGCUAAUCCAGAUAAUAACAAUUAACAGUAUCAUAUUGCAUUAGAGUGAUAACGUUGCUGUAGCCUAAUAAUGACAACAGGCUAAUAGGCAACCGAUAACAGCACUAAAACCCAUAGAUACCACCGAUAACAGCACUUGUCACAACUAUCAUUGAUAAUACCACUAAGAGUCACAGAUAUCUCCGAGCUCUGAGAUAAUAAGACCAUAACACCCCAACACUGAUAACUGCAGAUAGCCUAGAAGUCCUUAGUGUAGCAACAAGCGCAUAAACGCUGCGUUAUUGAUUUAACCAGAAGAUUCCGAAGAUUCUUUUCCCUCAGAAAGGACAAGAAAGUUCCCCGUUUCUGCGCAUACAAAUACAUUGCGUUUAGUUCUUAUACGAAUAGAUCUCUAAAUGGUAAGAUCAAUUAAAAUAUAUGAAUAGCCCUAUAUAUUAAAUUAUUAUACUAGCCUACUAUAGGCCUACAUUGCCUUAAAUCUUAGUACACUAAAGUGAGUACACUAAAUUUAAGGCGCUGGUAUUCAGCGGCCAAUAUUUAAUUCCGUUUGACAUCGCUUGCGAGAUUGGAGGGGGUAAAGGAAGGAACGGUCUUCCCCCACCUGUCCAGUGUCAGGUAAGAUAAGGGGCGUGUGAGGGUGCAACCUCCUCAGAUAUAAAUUCUGGCCGUUGCAAUUAGAACAUUUAACACCACUUAUCUGCGUGGCAACACGAGAAUCUUUUUUCAGCGAUACGCACACCUGCUUUGCCUGCACCGUUUCGAUUGGGACACCUGUUCACGUCGUGAAUCGAAUCGUCUCAGAGAGGUUGAGUUUUUUCAGCAGAAGGAGGUGGCAUACGUCGAAAUUAGAUAAAGGUUGGUGUCCAGUCUCAUUUAUUUACAGAUCUCCCACUGCCUGAGAGUGUGAUGGGGCAGCGCAUAUCUGGUCCUGAGUGGCCGGCUGGCUCACAGCACGGACGUUUCUCUGUCAGCGAGGAAGCUCCACCUCGGUACUCCUGUAGCCAUGGUGAUGGCCGCACGCUGAACAUGAAUCUCAGCAACAACACUGAUGGCCUUGUACUACCUACCAUGGUCACCAUGGAAACGGAGGCAUCGGACGGUGUGUCAGAGCGGCAGGACUCCCGCCGGCCCACCCUCUACAGCACCAUCGACGCUGUGCCCACACUGGACUUCUACACCAACACCAUGGCAACGGGCCGCAACAGACGCAGUCGGCCAUCUCUGGAAACUCUCCGCAAAGUGAUGGAUGAUGGAGAGACCGGGAGUUCAAUGGAGGACCUUGGAGUAGACGGUUACGCCGGAAACCAGGAGCAGCAGCAUUCACAACAUGAGGACCGAUCUCAACAAAACAGCCAGCCUGUUCGCUUUGGCUGGGUAACUGGGGUUAUGAUCCGCUGUAUGCUGAAUAUCUGGGGGGUGAUUUUGUUCCUGCGUUUGCCCUGGAUCACCUCUCAAGCAGGCAUCAUUCUCACUUGGGUCAUCAUCUCCAUGUCUGUCAUCGUCACCUCGAUAACUGCACUGUCUGUGUCUGCCAUCGCAAGCAAUGGGAAAGUCUCCUCAGGGGGCGCCUAUUUCAUGAUCUCUCGCACUCUGGGCCCAGAGAUGGGGGGCCCGAUAGGCAUGGUCUUCUCCUUCGCCAACGCGCUGGCCUGCGCCAUGAACACUGUGGGGUUUUCUGAAACUGUCCGUGACCUUCUCAUCGAGUAUGGUGCAGUUAUAGUAGACCCAAUCAAUGAUGUGCGAAUUGUGGGCGUAGCCACAGUCACACUGCUUCUUCUCAUUUCAUUGGCUGGAAUGGAGUGGGAGGCCAAGACUCAGAUCCUGUUCUUCCUAGUGCUCCUCCUGUCCUUCACAAAUUACUUUGUGGGAACUGUGAUUCCCGCCUCGACUGAGAAGCAGGCCAUGGGCUUCUUCAGCUACCGCCGUGAAAUCUUCCUGACCAACCUGCUGCCAGACUGGAGGGGUCCGGAGGGGAACUUCUUCCAGAUGUUUGCCAUUUUCUUCCCCUCUGCCAUCGGUAUCCUGUCUGGUGCAAACAUCUGUGGAGAUCUGAAGGAUCCAGAAACAGCAAUUCCUAAGGGUACUUUGAUGGCCAUAUUCUGGACUACAGUCAGCUACCUGGGAAUUUCAGCUACCAUAGGGGGCAGUGUGCUCCGGGAUGCCUCAGGCAGCCUGAAUGACAGCUUGGAGCUGAACUCCUCUGCAGUGUGUGAAGGUGUGGCCUGCAGUUUGGGCUGGAACUUCUCUCAUUGCGAGGUCACACACACCUGCUCCUUUGGGCUGGCCAACAACUUCCAGGUGCUCAGUAUGGUCUCUGGAUUUGGGCCUCUCAUCACUGCAGGGAUCUUUGCUGCCAGCCUAUCAUCAGCCCUCGCCUUCCUAGUCUCCGCCCCCAAAGUCUUUCAGUGUCUAUGCAAGGAUAAUAUCUACCCCUACAUUGGCUUCUUUGCAAAGGGUUAUGGAAAAAAUGAUGAGCCGCUCCGUGCCUACUUUCUCACCUAUCUGAUUGCUGUGGCUUUUAUUCUGAUUGCCCAGCUCAAUGCCAUCGCCCCUCUCAUCUCCAACUUCUUCCUCUGCUCCUACGCCCUCAUCAACUUCAGCUGCUUUCACGCCUCCAUCACCAACUCCCCUGGAUGGAGGCCUUCGUUCAGGUACUACAGUCACUGGACUGCGCUGUUUGGGGCGAUCAUCUCUGUGGUGCUGAUGUUCUUGCUCACAUGGUGGGCUGCCCUCAUAAGCUUCAGCAUCAUCCUCUUCCUCUUGGGAUAUGUGUCAUACAAGAAACCAGAGGUGAACUGGGGGUCAUCUGUGCAGGCUGGCACCUACAACAUGGCUCUGUCUUACUCCGUCUCCCUCGCAGGGGUGGAAGACCACGUCAAGAACUUCAGGCCUCAGUGUUUGGUCCUGACUGGACCCCCAAAUCUUCGCCCAGCACUGGUGGAUUUUGUUGGGUCUUUCACAAAAAAUAUCAGCCUCAUGAUUUGUGGGGACAUCCUGAUGGAGGAUGGUACGGCUGUGCUGCCACAGCGUAAUGUUGCGAGGCUGGUCAAGUGGCUGAACCACAGGAAAGUGCGCGCUUUCUACACGCCCAUCACCAGCGACAACCUCCGGGAGGGAGCCAGCCAUCUUCUGCAGGCCACUGGUCUGGGAAAACUGAAGCCAAAUACCCUCAUCAUGGGAUUCAAGACCAACUGGCAAGAGUGCUCCCCCCACAGCAUGGAGGACUACAUUACCACCAUAUCUGAUACAUUUGACUCCAAUUAUGGUGUGUGUUUGCUAAGGAUGAUGGAUGGACUUGACAUCUCAGAAGAGAUUGAAGGAGAAGUGAACCAUGCCUUUGAAACUGAAAGCACAACGGCCCCCGAGCAAGCAGCACCAGGGAGAAACUCGGAGGACAGGAAUGGGGAUGUUGGUCCCACUGUACAGAUCCGCACAGUCUUCCAGAACAAACAGGGGAAGAAGACCAUUGAUGUGUACUGGAUCUCUGAUGAUGGGGGGCUGACGCUCUUGAUACCAUACCUGUUGACACGUAGACGCCGUUGGCGAUUGAGUAAGGUGCGUGUUUUCAUCGUGGGUGAUCAGCACAGCAUGGAGGACCAACACAAAGAGAUGGUCUUGCUGCUGCAGAAGUUUCGACUGGAUGUCCACGAUGUCAUUGUGAUGACAGACAGUGAACGGCCCCCCAACUCAAAAAACCUGAAGCGGUUUGAGGACAUUAUUGCCCCCUUCAGGCUGAGGGAGGGACUGCACGGCGAGGCUGUACUACAGGACCUAAAGAGAGACUGUCCCUGGAAAGUGUCUGACAAGGACCUGGAGGCACUGAGGCUGAAGUCGGAGAGGAAAGUGAGGCUGAAUGAGAUUAUUCGCAAGAACUCCCAGCAUGCUGCACUGGUAUUAGUGAGCCUGCCAGUACCCCAGACAGACUGUCCCAGUUCGCUCUACAUGGCCUGGCUGGACACCCUGACCUAUGGGCUGCACUGCCCCUCCCUGCUUAUCCGCGGCAACCAGCAGAAUGUGCUCACCUUCUACUGCCAGUGAGGGGGCGGAGCCCAGACUGUUCUGCUAUCUCACUGCCAGUGAGGGGGCGGAGCCCAAACUGUUCUGCUAUCUCACUGACAGUGAGGGGGUGGGGCUUGUAGGAUGACACUGCCAUUGAAGAAUUCCCUGUAUGGAAGCAACAAGAAUUAAAUAAUUUUAAGAGAAUUGAACAGUUUAUGUGACAUUUUCUAAGCAAAGCUGCUUCUUUGUGUGAAAGUGUUUUUCAGACUGAAAACUUGAUUGAACUAUUUGACAGACAAAAGCCAUAGCUGAAAUUAAUGUGCAAUAUGAAGCUAAGAAAUCUGGUCUUUUCAGGUUGUUAUAAUAUUUGAAAUUUCUGUACAUGAGUGAUUUGCUGUAAUCUUGAUUUUAAAGGCAGACAGCUGAAGAAAGGUUGUUGGAUAUUCUGAAUGAAUGCCUAAUAAACCUGAUUAUAUAUGUGAA